AUGAAGAUCUGUGCUUUCAAUCACCGAACUUUCUGUUUGAUAACAUGCCUAUUUGCCAGUCUAAUGGAAGCGAAAAACGUUGCUCAUCUCGACAUAAAACUUGACCCCGAAACUGGCAAAUUUAAACGCCAACUGCCUGCUGGAGUCAGGAUCUUGGAAUCUAGAGACGCCAAAAACGUAUUUCCUUUGAAUGUCGACGAAGUGCUCGAAAAAGAGUCACUGAAAAAGAGGGAGAACGAAAGACAGCAAGUGUAUGCUGCUGGCGAGCAUAAUGAGCAUAAGGACCUAAAAUCACAAGAAACGUGGAGCCCAGUUUGUUUGGAUUCAAAACUGCCCUCUUAUAGCGAUAUCAGCAUUUUUUCAAGAUAUUUGAGAGAUGACAUCGUUCUGUCAAGCAUGAUAAGUGACCCCUCUUCGUAUCUUGUGGUUUUGGCUCCAUCCAACGAUGCCAUCGAAAGGCUCUCAAAAAAACCCUGGCAAUUCCCAAUCGACGUGGAAGCUUUGGAGGCACAGACGUCGGACGAAGAAACCAUUGAAAGGGCAGUCAGAGACAAUAUUAGAAGUUUUGUGGAAAACCACAUAGCUACGAUAGUAAGCAACGACAAGGCGCAGAGGAUUAAAGAUUUGUUGGACGACGGUUCGGGCGCCACCGCUGUACUUUCCUCCUUGACAUGUCAAAAAGGUUCCGAAAAACCUCAAAUGUAUGGCGAUAUGAUGUUGUCAGCGCAGGACGGAAAGUUCAGAUUGCUGCCAACGAGUAAGAUUAUUCCUGGGUCUACCAUCCCAGAGGCUAUGGUUGAGUUAGAGCUCAUGGACGAGGUUGAGAAUGGUGCGGUCUUUGUUAUCCAAGAGGCACUUGUUUCGGCAUGA